AUGGGCGACGAACACUCUCUCAUCCCAAAGGAUAGUUUCGUCUUCAAGCUUCCUAAAAAAUCCCCACUUGUGUUGAGAAUGGUUGUUCUCUUGUUUGUGAUGGUCUGUGCUGUUUACAUUUGCUCAAUCUGUCUGAAGCAAAUUGGCGUCGUCCCUAGUGCUGGUUUCUUGAACGUUGAAGUGUUUGAGAGGCCGUGUCCUGAGCCUAACAUUGAACCAUGGGACAUACCAUAUGUGCAUUAUCCUAAACCUAAGACUUAUAACAGGGAGGAGUGUUCUUGCAAUCCGGUUAGGUAUUUUGCGAUUCUCUCGAUGCAGAGAUCUGGUAGCGGUUGGUUUGAGACUUUACUUAACAAUCAUACUAACAUAAGCUCGAACGGUGAGAUUUUCUCGGUUAAAGAUAGGAGAGCUAAUGUGUCGACCAUUUUCGAGACCUUGGACAAAGUAUAUAACCUAGAUUGGUUGAGUAGUGCUUCCAAGAACGAGUGCACUUCUGCGGUUGGUUUGAAGUGGAUGCUUAAUCAGGGUCUAAUGAAAAACCAUGAAGAGAUAGUAGAUUACUUCAAAACCCGAGGCGUCUCUGCUAUUUUUCUCUUUAGAAGAAACCUCUUACGCCGAAUGAUUUCAGUUCUUGCGAAUUCUUAUGAUAGAGAUGCUAAGCCAUUAAACGGUACUCACAAGUCCCACGUCCAUUCCCCUAAAGAGGCUGAGAUAUUGGCGCGUUACAAGCCAUUGAUCAACACGACUCUUUUGAUAAAUGAGCUGAAGCAGGUUCAAGAGAUGACUUCAAAGGCACUUUCUUACUUCAACACAACACGCCAUAUCUUUCUCUACUACGAAGAUGUUGUCAAGAAUCGCACCGUGAGAACAAGACUAGACGAUGUGCAAGAGUUUCUAAAGGUCCCGAGACUCGAUUUGAAGAGCCGGCAAGUGAAGAUUCAUCACGGUCCUUUGUCGCAGCACGUACAGAAUUGGGAAGAUGUUCAAAAGACACUGAAAGGGACCGGUUUUGAGAACUUUCUUCUUGAAGAUUACCGCAAGUGA